AUGGGGAAAUGUGAUGGGAUUUCAUCGGUUAAACAUGAGGAAUGGCACUCGAUGGGUGCUCAGGUGUCACCUACUGGUAGGUGGAAAUUGGCCGUUGGUUUUGUGAAACUUCGUCCAAAACGUUGCUCGAAACUACUACCUUCGGAGCGACAGUGGGACGAUCCAGUAGACUCAGAGAGAAAGUACUUUCCGAACCCCUUGGUGAAGUGUUCGUGUCAUGAACACAGUCCAACCACAUUAGCGGGUUCUUCUUGGUUUGGUUUGAAUCGGCUUGAUCGAUACUUUGGUCUUGAAUACAUAGAGGAAGCCAAACGCCAAAAACGUACUCCAAUCACAAAAUGCACUGAAGCAACCAAUCCAAACAAUGCCCAGAGACCUGAAGAUUAUGACGAUCCGGGUAAACUCCACUCUUUUCGUAGUUACUUCAGAACAUACAUUUGCGACACAUUAUUUUGGGCUUCCGCUCGAUAA